AUGGCACAAGGAGUAACUCAGAAUGCAGGAAACAAUGCAUUCAAGGACAAGGAGAAGCCAACGGCGGUCAGGCAGGGCAACAUCACAGCCGCGAGAGCAGUGUCAGAUGCCAUACGGACAUCGCUGGGCCCCCGAGGCAUGGACAAGAUGAUCGAGAAGCCCGGCAAGGAAACCAUCAUCACCAACGACGGCAACACCAUGCUCAAGGACAUGAGCGUCAUGCACCCGGCGGCAAAGAUGCUCGUAGAUCUUGCGAACGCCCAGGACAUCGAGGCCGGAGAUGGGACCACCUCAGUCGUAGUGAUCGCUGGAAGUCUUCUUGGUGCAGCAGAGCGGUUACUGGCGAAAGGCAUCCACCCCACUGUCAUCAGCGAGAGCUUCCAGCGAGCGGCGGCCAAGUCAGUAGAGAUCUUAGAGAGCAUGAGCGUGCCGAUCGACCUUGGUGACCGGCAGACUCUACUCAAAGCCGCUUCCACAUCACUCAGCUCGAAGAUUGUCUCCCAGGAACCCAAACUCGCACCCAUGGCAGUAGAUGCUGUCAUAAGGACCAUCAACCCCGCCAAUGCCAUCAACGCCGACCUCAGGAAUAUCCGGAUUUUGAAGAAGGCGGGUGGCGUGAUCGACGAUAGCGAGAUGAUUGACGGCCUUGUACUCAGCCAGCAAGCUGUCAAGAGUGCCGGUGGCCCAACGCGGAUAGAGAAGGCCAAGAUCGGACUUAUUCAGUUCCAACUCUCACCACCCAAGCCCGACAUGGAGAACCAAAUCGUUGUCAACGACUACAGACAAAUGGACAAGAUCCUGAAAGAAGAGCGCACCUACCUCCUCAACAUGGUCAAGAAGAUCAAGAAGGCGAAAUGCAACGUCCUGCUCAUCCAAAAGUCGAUCCUCCGCGACGCCGUCAACGACCUCUCCCUCCACUUCCUCUACAAGCUCGGCAUCCUCUGCGUGAAGGAGGUCGAGCGGGAUGAAAUCGAGUUCAUCUGCAAAUCUACCGGCUGCAAACCCAUCGCCGACAUUGACUCCUUCACCGAAGACAAGCUCGGCACUGCAGACCUGGUGGAAGAGGUCUCCUACCUCGGCUCGCGCUACACCAAAGUCACGGGCGUGAAGCACCCUGGCCAGAAUCCUCCUCGCACCGUUUCUAUCGUCGCUCGUGGCGCCAACCAGCUCAUCCUGGACGAAGCCGAGCGCAGCUUACACGAUGCCAUGUGCGUCGUCCGCUGCCUCGUCAAGAAGCGGGCCCUCCUACCCGGUGGUGGCGCACCCGAGAUGGCCGUCUCCACUCAGCUCGCUCAGAUGAGCAACACCGCCGCCUACCCGGACAGCAUCUGCUUCAAAGCUUUCGCGGACGCACUUGAGAUUGUGCCCGUUACACUCGCGGAAAAUGCGGGCUUGAAUUCCAUCAAGGUCGUGACCGAGUUGAGAGCCAGGCAAGCAAAGGGCGAGACGAACAUCGGCGUGAGCAUCAAGCGCGGCGGCGUUGGUGUGAUGGGUGGCGAAGACACGAAGAGUGCGAGUACGGGUGAGGGAGUGAUGCAGCCGCUGCUAGUGUCGACGAGUGCGAUCGAGUUGGCCAGCGAAACGGUGAAGAUGAUUCUGCGGAUUGAUGACAUUGCGCUGAGUAGGUAG